CUGCACUGUGUGAGUCAGUGCUGUGGUGAGCAAAGCGGCAACAGAAGCAGCUGCAGCAGCGUGAGACACGUUUCUCGCUCACGAGCGUCAACAACACAGAAGAGCAGGAUGGGAAAGCUAAGCGGCUAAGCGAGAGGAGGAAGUGAGACAGCCAUACAGAAAGCGAGAAGGCAGGGAGAAAAUCAACAAGACAGAUCAACCUUGUAUUUUUUGUGACGGCUUGUGAGUGUGGAACAUCACAGAAUUGCAGAUUGGAUUGACAGCUAGAACAAUCUAAACUGAUCCAGAGGAAGGGGAAGUUUACCGUUAUAUACCAGAGGUGGCAUCAGGGUUAGGACUCGUCGUGUUGCAGGGAUGUCCUGGUUGUCUCCGGUCCAGUGGGCCAAAUGGACUUGGUCAGCAGUGACGGGAGCUACAGGAGAAGAUGGGCAGCCCAAAGCGAAGGAUGACGGAGAGGACAAUUCGGACUCUGAGGGGACCUUCGAGACUCCAGAGGCCGAGUCUCCAGGUGUUGUGAAGCUGCUGGGACAACUGGACAACUCCAAUCACACAGGUCUUCCUGAUGGUACAAGCAACUUUCUGGACCAGAACUCCAACCAAGAUGUCAGUACACCCCCAUCACAAGGGGUUGAUUCCCUAAACAACCUCACUGGCUCCUCGCCCAACAACAGCGCCCUCAGUUUCGACCAGAACCUUAAUUUGACCCCAUGCACAAAAUCUGGUGCUGGAGAGGGCCUCCCCCCAUCCAGCCCUCAGCCUCAAGCUCUCCGGCCUCCAUCACUGUCCGUCGUCUCCCCGCUGAACAAACCUGAUCCUACCGAGGUGGACGACGAGGCUCCAAUGACAUCUGACUCCAGCCCGGACUCAAACUUGACCCUCAGUAAUGACAUUUGUGGCGAUGCUGAUUUGCUCAAUGGCAACAUGAACUCUGACGCUGUGCUGUCAAAGACAAAGCUGACCUGUGACACCAACACAAUUAUCACGAACUCCUGCAAAGUAAAGCAGAACCAGCAGGUGCAGAAGGACUUUAGCGGACAGGAUGACCAUCACGGAGGCCACGCCACAGAUGAGGAGAAGCUGGCAAGCAGUGCCGGGGUCAAACCAGAAAAGGACCAGAACAUGCAAGACUGCCAUGUGACAUCCAAACCCGAGGAGUCAGACUGCUGCUCUGCGUUCGAAGACACGUGCAAACUGAAGAACAAAACGGGGGGAAGUGAGAUGCAGAAAACGGGAAGUCAGGUCCUGGAUUCCAUCUGCAUCAGUGAGGCAGAAAAACAGGCAGUUCUCACCCUCAUCAGGGAGGAGAUCAUCACUAAAGAAGUCGAAGUUAGUGACUGGAAGAAAAAGUAUGAGGACUGCAGGCAGGAAGUGGAAGAGAUGAGGAAGAUUGUUGCAGAAUACGAGAAGACUAUUGCUCAGAUGAUUGAGGAUGAGCAGCGCAACAACCUGAGCUCCCAGAAGGCUUUGCGCACAGUGACGAUGGAGAAGGAAGCCGCUCUGGCAGACCUGAACUCCGUUGAACGCUCUCUCUCGGACGUGUUUCGGCGUUAUGAAACUAUGAAGAGCACUCUUGAAGGCUUUAAAAAAAAUGAAGAAGUGCUGAAGAAGUGUGCUCAGGAGUAUCUGGCCAGAGUCAAACAGGAGGAACAGCGAUAUCAGACACUGAAAAUCCAUGCUGAGGAGAAACUAGACAAGGCCAAUGAGGAGAUCGCUCAGGUACGCACAAAGGCGAGCUCAGAGAACAUGGCGCUGACCGCCAGCCUGAGAAAGGAGCAGAUGAAGAACGACUCUCUGGAACAAGCUCUGCAGCAGAAGAAUCAAGAGAUCGAGGAACUCACAAAGAUCUGUGAUGAGCUGAUUGCCAAAAUGGGAAAAAUAGACUGAGAGUUGCUUCAUGGGAAUCAGCCACUACAGUCCCUCCGGCUCUGCCCCCAGCCCUACAGUGAUGCCCUGUGCAUGCCCCCAGCCAAGAAGCAGCUCGUCCCCUGUGCCUGCCCUGCAUCUCAGAGCCUGCUCAUGUACAGAUGUCUGAAGUAACUUCUUGUGUACUACAAUUGCACUACGUGUGACCAGAACCAAGGCGGUUCUAUACAUGUUAACUAUAUGUGAUCACUUUGUUUUGUUUGUGGCCAUUAUGCGGCCAUCUGGAGCCCUUGAGCUUUUGUCCAUCAUGCCAAUGAACAACAACCCGCUUGUGACUCAACUUAAAUUCCCAGCGGCUUAACAGCUAAAUUCCCAGCAACUCCUCCUGUGGGAUGACAUCAGAUUUAAUGCAGGCCGGGAUUUGUUUUGAAGUUGCCAUUGGGCUUUUGCUUUGAUGGGCUUUUGACCAGAAUUAUUUUAUAUUAAAGCAAGAAUCCUUAAAACGUAUUUUUCUAUAAAGCAAACAGGAAUUUUAUUUUGGAAGAGCAAAGCUCAGGGGUAUUGUUUGGGCCAGAAUGAGGUCAAGUCAAACUGCACAAGAACUGGAGGAAAGGAUUUAGGAUUGAGGAAAUACGAGUUCCCAGAGGCCUUGGUUUGUUCAGGAGUGACACUGAAACCAAGCUGCAAAUGAUUUAUAGCUUUUACUUUAUCUGGUUUACAGCACUGCGAUACAUUUGGGGUUUCUGGAGAGUGCAAAGUGCUGCACAAUGUUUAUCAGUCACAGAGACGUGUAAUAACCUGACAAUCAUAGACUUUCCUGUGAUUAUAUACAUUUUGUGACAUUGUAUUGUCCAGUGCAUGGAAUCAGCACAGAGAGAACUUUAUAAAUUUAAAAAGCAAACUCAGCUCCACUGCUGUAUGUUUAAGGUCCCAUAUUGUGUCCCUUUUCAACAAAUUUAUCAAAUUCUCACGUUCCCACACUUCUUGUCUUCUGUCUUUCAGUUUUUCAGCUCAAAAUAUUGCAAAGAUGGCAGAAUUAAACAUUUUAUCUUAACAGCUUUUAUUUUAAACCAAGUUUAUUACAUGUACAAAACAGAAUAACAGUAGUUUUUCACCAUAUUGGACCUUUAACUCUGCUGUGUUAAGAAUCCUGAACAACUGGACAAAAAUAUAAACAUAGUGACUAUAUUGUGGGUGAGGAUAUUUACAAAUAUUAAAUGAUUAGCAAGUGCUGCUAUAUGUCAACAGUUUGUUUUUUGUUUGUUUUUUUAAAACCAUCAGUUUCCACUAAUCAUAUUUACCUCUUGGAGACUGAGAGCUUUUUGUUCCGUUGCUUAUGUGUGAUGAAGAUGUGAGUCCUCAUGCCUGUAUUUACAGCAGUGCACAAGUUAUUCAACAAAUACAUCUGUUUCUUUGCAUGUUUAUUUUCACAACUUUGCAUUUCUCAAAAUGCUGAUAGUUUUUUCUACACACCAGUAAACACUAGUUGUGUUCGAGACAGUGCUGUCAUGUUUUAGGUGGCUUUGACUUAGUAAAUGCUUAUCAGUGGGAACAUUUCAGAACAUGCUGCCAGUAUGGUUGUUGAUGAUUAUUAGUUCCUAUGUUUUUUAAAAAAUCUCCUUUUUAAUUCUUGCCUUUUUCUAUAGAAGAAAAUUCCUUUCCACUAAAAUAAGGCUGAACAUGUCUGAAACAAAAAUGAAGGUUUCACAGAAACAACUAUUUGCCUAAAUAUAGCAAAGUUUAAAAACUGCAAAUGUAUGUUGUUGUUUUUUUAAAUUGGCAAGUUUUUGCUUAAGUAAAUAAAAAUACAAGUAUUUAGUUCUAAUGUUUGGUUCUUUGACGUUGUCAGUACUCAGUUCUGUGGAGUCAGUCACUAUUGUAAAAGUUCAAAUGUGUGAAAAACAGCCUCCACUAUGGGCACAAACCCACUGAUGUGCCACAGUUAAUAUUUGCGCCAUUCUAAUGUCGUGCUCACUCUUGUUACUCGGCUUUGUUUUAUAAGAUACUGCUUUGUAACUUUAGCCACUUUCUUUAAUUAUUUGUGUCAGUUUGUGAAUUAGAAAUGGCGAUCUCACACUUGUGUCGAAGCAGCGUGAAUGUGUGUACAUUUGAGUGAAUAAAUAUAAUUUGUUCCGCUA